GCAGGGACCCGUGCAGAGGGGACAGCCUGGCUUGCCGUCCUCCUGGUGGCGUCUGCCGCUCGCCUCUCCGCAACCACCAGCGAAGUAAACUUGCUGGACACUUCCACAAUCAUCGGGGACUGGGGCUGGCUCACCUAUCCUUCACACGGGUGGGACUCCAUCAACGAAGUGGAUGAAUUUUUCAACCCCAUCCACACUUACCAGGUCUGCAACGUCAUGUCCCCCAACCAGAACAACUGGCUGCGGACUAGCUGGGUGCAGCGCCGCGGGGCCCACCGGGUCUAUGCUGAGAUCAGGUUCACCCUGCGGGACUGCAACAGCAUGCCCGGGGUGUUGGGCACCUGCAAGGAGACCUUCAAUCUCUACUACCUCCAGUCGGACCGCGACCUGGGCGCCACCACCCGCGAGAGCCAGUUUGUGAAGAUCGACACCAUCGCGGCAGACGAGAGCUUCACCAACGUGGACCUGGGGGUCCGGCGGCUAAAGCUCAACACGGAGGUCCGCGGGGUGGGGCCUCUCAGCAAGCGCGGCUUCUACCUGGCCUUCCAAGACAUUGGGGCUUGCAUCGCCAUUGUCUCGGUCCGCGUGUACUACAAGAAGUGCCCCGCCAUGGUGCGGAACUUGGCCUCCUUCUCCCAGGCAGUCACUGGCGCGGACUCCUCAUCCCUGGUGGAGGUGCGGGGCGAGUGCGUUCGACACUCGGAGGAAAGAGACACCCCCAAAAUGUACUGCAGCGCUGAAGGGGAAUGGCUGGUGCCCAUUGGGAAAUGCGUGUGCAGUGCCGGCUAUGAGGAGCAGAGGGACGCAUGCGUGGCCUGCCAACUGGGGUUUUACAAGUCUUCCCCGGGGGAUCAGCUGUGUGCCGAAUGCCCUUCCCACAGCUAUUCCGACAGCCAGGCGGCGCAGGUGUGUCGCUGUGAGAGCAGUUUUUAUCGAGCAGCUCAAGACCCGCCUUCAGCACCUUGCUCACGCCCCCCGUCCGCUCCCAUGAACUUGCUGUCCAGUGUAAACGGUACUUCGGUCACCCUGGAUUGGGCUCCGCCACUGGACAAAGGAGACCGCAGCGACGUUCUCUUCAAUGUGCUCUGCCGCCAUUGCGCGUGGGACUCAGGCCAAUGUGAGGCCUGCGGUGCUGGGAUCCGCUUCAUCCCCCAGCAGACAAACUUGGCGCAGGGCUCGCUUGUUGUCACCAAUCUCCUGGCCCAUACCAACUACUCCUUCUGGGUGGAGGCCGUCAACGGCGUCUCUGAGCUGAGUCUCGAGCCGCCGAGAUUCGCCGCUGUCAACAUCACCACGAACCAGGCAGCCCCGUCUCAGGUGCUGGCCAUCCACCAGGAGAAGGUGGGCCAAAACAGCGUCACCCUCAUCUGGCAGGAACCAGACCAACCCAACGGCAUCAUUUUGGAAUAUGAGAUCAAAUACUAUGAAAAGGACAAAGAGAUGCAGAGUUAUUCCACGCUGAAGUCCAAGGGCAACAGCACCACCGUCUCAGGACUCAAACCCGCCACCCGCUACGUCUUCCAAGUCCGGGCCCGCACCUCUGCCGGCUGUGGCAAGUUCAGCCAGGCGAUGGAAGUGGAGACCGCCAAAGCAAUUCCUCAUUAUGACACCACGACCGUCGUCUGGGUCUGCCUCACGCUUAUCUCCGGCCUCGUCUCUCUGCUCCUGUUUCUGAUCUGCAAGAAGAGGCACUGUGGCUACAGCAAAGCUUUCCAAGACUCUGACGAGGAGAAAAUGCACUAUCAGAACGGACAGGCGCCCCCUGCUGCCCCCUUGCCUCUUAGUGCCCCCCUAGUGAAAUUCCCCGAGUCGAAAUUCUACGUGGAGCCGCACACCUACGAGGACCCCUGCCAAGCUGUCCACGAGUUCACGCGGGAAAUCGAAGCCUCCAGGAUCAAAAUCGAAAGAGUCAUCGGAUCUGGAGAGUCUGGAGAAGUUUGCUACGGGCGUCUGAAGCUCCCAGGGAAGAGGGAGCUGCCAGUAGCUGUCAAGACCCUGAAAGCUGGUCACACUGAGAAGCAACGUCGGGAUUUCCUGAGCGAAGCCAGCAUCAUGGCACAGUUUGACCAUCCCAAUGUUAUCCACCUGGAAGGGGUGGUCACCAAAAGCAAAUUAGUCAUGAUUGUUACCGAGUACAUGGAGAACGGCGCGCUGGACUCCUUUCUCCGGAAACAUGACGGGCAAUUCACAGUCCUCCAGCUGGUUGUCAUGCUGAGGGGCAUCAGCGCCGGCAUGCGCUACCUGUCGGACCUGGGCUAUGUGCACCGUGACUUGGCGGCCCGCAAUAUCCUUGUCAAUGGAAACCUGGUCUGCAAAGUGUCUGAUUUUGGCCUGUCGCGAGUCCUGGAGAACAAUCCAGACGCUGCUUACACGACCACGGGUGGGAAGAUCCCCAUUCGGUGGACAGCUCCGGAAGCCAUCACAUACCGAAAGUUCUCCUCGGCCAGUGACGUGUGGAGCUUCGGCGUCGUCAUGUGGGAGGUGCUGGCCUAUGGGGAACGGCCUUACUGGAACAUGACCAACCGGGACGUCAUUCAAUCUGUGGAAGAAGGUUAUCGGCUGCCUGCUCCCAUGGGCUGCCCCUCGGCCCUCCAUCAGCUCAUGCUGGAUUGCUGGCAGAAGGACCGCAAUGACAGGCCACGCUUCUCCCAGAUUGUGGGCGUCCUGGAUAAGCUUAUCCGCAUCCCGCAGAACCUGAAGUGUACAUCUACUGUUAAUCGGUUCACCCAAACCAUCUCGGAGCGAGCGUGCAUAGAUUUCACCAGCUGCAGUUCCGUUGAAGACUGGCUGGACUCCAUUCGGCUGGGGCGAUACCAGGAGAACUUUGCCUUGGCUGGCUACACAUCCCUGGGGCUGGUGAUGCGGAUGAACAUCGAAGACGUGCGGAACUUAGGCAUCAGCCUCGUGGGACACCAGAGGAAAAUUCUGACCAGCAUCCAGAUCAUGCGGUCGCAGCUGCUCAGCACCAUGGGCUCCAGGAGACAUCUGUGA